AUGAACACUUUGGGAAGUCCGGUUCAGCCUUCAGCGCAGAAGAAACGACGGAGACCCGCCUUGGCAUGUGAGCAAUGUCGCCGGCGCAAAGUCCGCUGCGACAGAAACCUUCCCUGCAGCACCUGCGUGCGCUCCAAGCGCUCUGUCUGCACAUACGCCUCGGAGACAAAGCCAGCACCGCGAAAGAGUGAAAAGAAUGGUGCGAAUUCCGUUCAUUCCAUGGCCUCGGCUCUCGACUUCCCUGGCCAGAUUCCUCCGGUCACCCAAGCUUUGCCGUCUACAGGACACUCGGCUCCGUCUACGGUGAGGGCCCAAUAUGACAUCUCUUCCCGGAGGAGGCCUGCUGGGCCUGAAAGAAGCCCUGUACACGGUGCAGACGAAUCCAGUGCGGGCCUAGGAGUCCCCGAUCCUAUCCGGCCGACUGCCCAGGCCCUAUCAGGUCCAAGAAAUUCUGGAUCGUCUGCACACAGACUAGUCCUGGAGACUCCUGAAGGCAACCCGCUCUUUAUGCCGACUCCCAGCUCUGGCGAACACUCGGGCCCGGCGGACUUUGGGACGUGGCAGCCCGUCAACCCUGUUCGGUCCUCUGCUGCGGCCAGUAUUCGUGCAGAUACUGCGUCGACGCCCGGGAGUUGUCCCAGCUCCUCCUCAGCGGUCAACUCUCUUGUGGAAAGAGUGAGACAGCUCGAGCAGCAGUUGUCCGUUCUGACAGUGAGGAAUGGAUGCAGAGGUGAUGAAGAGCCGCAGUCUGACCCUGUUCUGCGUGAAGGGUUGAAGUACAGUCGAGGGUGUGUUAGUAAGACUCGCUACUUUGGACAGAGUCACUGGAUGAAUGCUGCCGAUAUGCUCUAUCGUCUGGUCAACUUCGCCAAGAAGCUCGAGGGUGAAAUGACUUCCCAACUUUACUCCGACCUUGAGAAAUGCAAAAAGCUAGCACGCGUCAUCAAAGCUCGCCGCACUCCGUCCUUUGGCUCGAUUUCCACUGGAAAGGGCAUGCCGUCUCGGGAAUUAGCUGACACCCUCAUCGACAACUACCUUCGUACCUUUGAGUCUGUCCAUCGCAUUGUCCACUUCCCAACCUUCAAGGCCGACUAUGAGCGGUAUUGGGAGAAUCCGUCUGAAGCAAGCGAAGCCUUCAUCAUCCUCAUGCAAUUGUGUAUGGGCAUCGGCGCCACCAUUUAUGAUGAGCGGUUUACCCUCCGCAACCUCGCUAUCCAGUGGUUCUGGGAGGGCAUGUUCUGGCUCAUCACACCCUGUGAGAAGUCCAAGAUGACCAUUACCGGUAUACAAAUCCGCUGCUUGAUGCACUACCUGCGUCACACAGCCAACGUUGGCUGCGACCUGUCCUGGAUCGGUGCUGGCGCGAUCAUCAGAACAGCGAUGUACAUGGGACUGCAUCGCGAACCCAAGGUAAUUGUAAAAAUGUGUCCUUACCGUGCCGAAAUGCGCCGCAGGCUCUGGGUCACAAUUCUGGAAAUUGUACUGCAGACGAGUAUUGACUCGGGUGGGCCACCGCUCAUCUCGAUGGACGAUUUUGACACCGAGCUGCCGGCGAACAUAGACGACGAGCAACUAAUCGAAGACGGAGAAUCGGCAUUCCCCGUACCAAAGGACUCAAAGACCCACACGCAGAUGACGGUGCCUCUCGCCUUGUUCGGAACAUUUGCGGCGCGUCUUGCAACCACCAAGCGCGUCAAUCAUUUUCGAUCCGACACCGUGUACGAGGAGACGCUCAGGCACAGCAACGAGCUGAGUGCAUCGCUACAGAGAAUGAUGCAGCAGCUUAAGUCACACGCGUCUGUGACAUCCUUCCAACUUCGCUACGUGCAGUUCAUGUCGUAUCGUCUCUUCUUUGCUCUUCAUCAACAUAUCAUCCCCUUGGCUUUGCGAAACCCGAUUUACUAUUUCUCCAGGAAAAUGAGCGUUGAUACAUCUUUACGUUUGUGUGAAGUUGCAUUUUUGACCCCUGACAAAUCGGGGACUAGCACAAUCAAGCCUACUACACCGUCAGACGUAGACUUUCAUCGGCUGACAAUCAAUGGCGCCGGGACGUAUCGCUCUAUUCCGUUCCAAGCAAUCAUGACUAUAGGGCUUGAGCUCAUUCACCUCAAAGAAGAGGAGGUGAAUAGCGGGCCUUCGAUGUCUUUGUUUGGAUCGGAAACCCAGCUCCGUGGUGUACUUGAAGCGAUCCAUGACUGGUCUCGCAGACGGAUACAGUCUGGGGAGACCAACAUCAAAGGUCACGCUCUCGGCGUUCUUCUAAUUGCUCAUAUCCAAGGUUUGGAGAACGGUGCCAAUGACGAAACUAUUGAGCGUUGGUUUGAGGCAGCUUGUCAAGAGCGGGUUCGGGAAUGCUAUAACUUGUUAUGCGAGUUGGCUGGAGAUGGCGUACUGGAGGAGGGAAUGGACAUGCGGCACGUCCAUGACCUGGAUAUGGAUUUUGACGACGGGAUUGAUCUACUGGGGGAUUGGGAUUGGGGAUCCAUAGAAAACAACGGACUCAUGAUGAACGUGAAUCUUGGUCUGUUCCCGGACAUGGCAUUGUCGUAG